CGAGUAACUUUGAAGCACCCCCGGAGGAAGCAACACACAACAACUAUGUGCUAAUAAACACGAGAAGUAAUUAAAAUAAAACCGCUUAAUUUAUUAUAAACAAUAUUCUGGUUACAAUUGAAGAGAUACCACAAACACACAGAACAGAGACGAUUAACCCAGAAAACUUAAACGUCUUCGCAAGCAACGCGUGCCACAGCCAUGGCACAAAAUCGAGCGCACAAAAAGCGCUCAAAGCUUAAAAGCUUUAAUAGCAGUGGCAGCAGCAGCUGCUCUAGUAGAAUAAAUUCGAAUAUGUGGGCAGACAAAGGUCUGACGUGUAAUGGCAACAAAGGAAACGGAAAUGUCGGGCCAGCGUACACAUUGCACUCAAACUCUUCCAAUUCCGCCGCCCCCUCUACAACGUUAUCGGCAUCACUAACGUUAUCGUGUCGGUCAUUGUCCGCGUACGUGUCGUCGUCGUUGUCUUCGUCGUUAUCGUUGUCGUCAUCUUCGUCGUCGUGGUCGUCAUCAUCGUUAUGCCGUUACACCAUGGCAUUUGCAUUUAUUUUAUUAAUAAUUAAUAGUCAAUUCGAAAACGUCUUAACCCAAGAGAUCUCCGAAACGCACCAACAGCAACCACACCCCUUGCAAGAGCACCAUCAGCAGCAACAGUCACAGUCCCAUGCAAAAACAACCACUGUCCUUAAUAAGGGCCAUGGCCUGUCGCCCGCCAAUGCGGCUCGCAUGUUGGCCGGUAGUGGUGGCAGCCUGGCCUCAUUGGGCAGCAGCAGCAACGACAUGUCCCUAGUGUUGCCUCACGACACCUAUCCCGGCUUUAGUAUAAAACGCUUCAAGACCAGACCCCUCGAGAGCAGUAACCUUACAGACAGCCCCUCGGGGCAUUUCACCUACCAACAUGGCUCAUAUCAUAUGUUGGACAACGAAUAUGCCAAGUAUUUUACAGUGCUGGAUGAUGGUGUGGUCAUGACCACCUCGGAUAUAUCGCCCCUAGUCAAUCGCCCGGUGAAUCUGGUGGUGGUGGAGGAGACCCCCAAUUCCACCCAAACCCACAAUAUUCAAUUGUAUGUCAUGCAUCGAAAUGAUAUGUUAAGAUUUCCCGGUUCCAUGUUGGAUGCCUCGGGCGAGGUCAAGGAAAACAAGCCGGCUGGCACCCGGGUAAGAGGAGUGCCCCUAAUGCAGGCCUUCAGCAACGGCGAGCUGAGUGGGGAACCCAAGAAAGUGCGUUACACCAUCAUUGGUGGCAAUGAAGAUGGUGCCUUUGCCCUGCAGAGUCGUCACGCCAAACAGAGUGAUGAAAGAUCCAAUUCUUUGGUCAUAAACGGUGAUGAGGAGAGUGGUGUGUGGCUGGUAACCAAUCGUCCUUUGGAUCGUGAACAAACCCCUCACUAUGACCUGUCAGUGCAGGCCUCCGAUUUGGAGGAUGUCGAUAAGACAGUGUCCAAGAUUCAAAUCACCGUCUUGGAUGAGAAUGACAAUCGUCCGAUUUUCAAGGCCCAUGAUUACAAAUUUGCCAUUGCUGGCCUCAAAUCACCCGAAUUGGAUACCAAUGUCUCCACCACCUGGAAACGUUUCAGCAUAGUGGGCAAGGUGGAGGCCAGCGAUGCUGAUGGUGAUAAAAUCGCCUAUCGUCUAAAGCAGCCUAGCAACACGGUCAUCAUAGUUCCUCAAACGGGUGAAAUUAUGCUGGUGGGUCAGCCACCAUCCAGCGAACUACUGCUGGAGGUGGAGGCCCACGACUUACGCUAUCCCAGUUUGGUAAGCUCACAACCUGCCAAGGUACUUGUAGAAUUCCUACAGCCGGAACCAGUGUCUUUUAUCAUGCAACAUCUGGAGCAUGAUGCCAUCAACGAACAUUCACAUCACCGCGAGAAGAGACGUGUAACCCGAGCCGUCCGUCCCACCAAACGCAUAGAGUUUACCGAAGCCGACGGUGAUACAGAGGGAAAAUCUGUGUUCCAGCUGGAAAAGGAAACCGACAAGGAGACCUUUAAGAUACGCGAUGAGAAUCCUUGGGUGACGGUGGAGACAAAUGGUGCAGUGCGUGUGAAAAAGAAGUGGGACUAUGAGGAAUUGGGACCAGAGAAGACCAUCGAUUUUUGGGUGAUCAUCACCAAUACGGGACAUAAUGCUGGUCUCAAAUACACCGAUAAUCAACGUGUCAUUAUCCAUGUCAAAGACGUCAACGAUGAGCCGCCCUAUUUCAUUAAUCGCCCCCUGCCCAUGCAGGCUGUGGUCCAAUUAAAUGCCCCUCCAAAUACCCCAGUGUUCACAUUGCAAGCCCGUGAUCCAGACACCGAUCAUAACAUUCAUUAUUUCAUAGUGCGUGAUCGUACCGGAGGACGUUUCGAGGUGGACGAGCGAUCUGGUGUGGUGCGCACACGAGGUACCGAUCUCUUCCAAUUGGAUAUGGAAUAUGUUUUAUAUGUCAAGGCCGAGGAUCAGAAUGGCAAAGUGGAUGAUCGACGUUUUCAAAGUACACCCGAGGAACGUUUGAGCAUUGUGGGUGGCAAAAGGGCGCCCCAAUUCUAUAUGCCCAGCUAUGAGGCAGAAAUUCCAGAAAAUCAGAAAAAAGACUCAGACAUUAUUUCCGUCAAAGCUAAGUCGUUUGCAGACCGUGAAAUCCGCUAUACUUUAAAAGCUCAAGGCCAGGGUGCGGGUACCUUCAAUAUUGGCCCCUCAUCGGGCAUUGUGAAGCUGGCGAAAGAAUUGGAUUUUGAAGAUUUACGACAACCCCAUGUCUAUUCGCUGAUUGUAACAGCCACCGAAGAUUCGGGUGGUUUCUCCACAUCCGUUGAGCUUACAAUCCGCGUCACCGAUGUCAAUGACAAUGCACCCAAAUUUGAGUUGCCCGAUUACCAAGCCCAUAAUGUCGAUGAGGACAUACCGCUGGGCACAAGUAUAUUGCGCGUCAAAGCCAUGGAUUCCGAUUCGGGUGCAAAUGCCGAAAUCGAAUAUCUGGUAUCCGAUGAUCAUUUUGCCGUUGACACCAAUGGCAUUAUAGUGAACAACAAACAACUGGAUGCUGACAACAAUAAUGCCUACUACGAAUUUAUAGUCACGGCCAAGGACAAAGGGGAGCCCUCCAAGUCGGGUGUGGCUACAGUGCGCGUUUAUACGAAAAAUAAGAAUGACGAAGAACCCAAAUUCUCGCAACAAGUCUACACCCCCAAUGUGGAUGAGAAUGCUGGUCCCAAUACCUUGGUUACCACCGUGGUGGCAUCCGAUAAGGAUGGCGAUAAUGUACGUUUUGGUUUUGUCGGUGGCGGCACUUCAUCUGGGCAAUUUGUGAUUGAAGAUAUCACCGGCGUGAUACGUUUGCACAAUAAGGCCAUUACCUUGGAUCGCGAUAAGUAUGAAUUGAAUGUAACAGCCAUGGAUGAUGGCUCGUGUUGUGUUAAUGGUGACCAAACGAUACAUACCUCCACUGCUGUAGUGGUGGUCUUCAUUACCGAUGUCAAUGACAAUAAGCCAGUGUUUAAGGAUUGUGCCACCUAUUAUCCCAAAGUAGAGGAGGGAGCACCAAAUGGCAGUCCGGUCAUAAAAGUGGUGGCCACCGAUGAAGAUAAGGGUGUUAAUGGUCAGGUCAAAUACUCCAUUGUUCAGCAACCCAAUCAGAAAGGCACCAAAUUCACUGUUGACGAAGAAACCGGCGAGGUCUCCACCAACAAAGUAUUCGAUCGCGAAGGUGAUGAUGGUAAAUUUGUAUCGGUGACUGUUAAGGCCACCGAUCAGGGUGAACCCAGUUUGGAAGGUGUUUGCUCGUUUACUGUUGAAAUUACUGAUGUCAACGAUAAUCCCCCAUUGUUUGAUCGACAGAAAUAUGUGGAAAAUGUCAAACAAGAUGCCAGCAUUGGCACCAACAUUUUGCGUGUUUCCGCCUCCGAUGAAGAUGCCGAUAACAAUGGUGCCAUUGUCUAUAGCCUUAGUGCCCCCUUCAAUCCCAAUGAUUUGGAAUAUUUUGAUAUACAGGCUGAAUCUGGUUGGAUUGUGCUCAAGAAACCACUUGACCGUGAAACCUAUAAAUUAGAAGCCAUGGCACAAGACAAAGGCUAUCCGCCUUUAUCACGUACCGUAGAGGUUCAAAUCGAUGUUGUAGAUCGUGCCAACAAUCCUCCAGUAUGGGAUCAUACCGUAUACGGUCCCAUCUAUGUCAAGGAGAACAUGCCCGUUGGCGGCAAAGUCGUCUCGAUCAAAGCCAGUUCGGGUAUUGAAGGCAAUCCAACGGUUUUCUAUCGCCUUAUGCCUGGGUCUACGGCGCAAACGAAUAAAUUUCAUACGUUCUAUCUGCAACAAAGACCGGAUAAUGGUGAUACGUGGGCCGAUAUAAAAGUCAAUCAUCCGCUGGACUAUGAGAGUAUAAAGGAAUACAAUUUGACAAUACGUGUUGAGAACAAUGGCGCCCAACAAUUGGCCUCUGAAGCUACCGUUUACAUAAUGCUCGAAGAUGUUAAUGACGAAAUUCCUCUAUUCACAGAACGUGAACAGGAAACCGUUUUGGAAGGUGAACCCAUUGGCACAAAAGUCACACAAGUGAAUGCCAUCGAUAAAGAUGGCACUUUUCCAAAUAAUCAGGUUUAUUAUUACAUUGUUGAUUCACCGCGUAACGAGGGCAAGGAAUUCUUCGAAAUUAAUUUGCAAAGUGGAGAAAUUUUCACCAAAACAGUAUUCGACAGAGAGAAGAAAGGCGCUUAUGCCUUAGAGGUGGAGGCACGAGAUGGUGCACCAUCGGCCAGACCCAACAGCAAUGGACAACCCAAUUCAGUGACGAAAUUCAUACGUAUUGGCAUUGCGGAUAAAAACGAUAAUCCUCCAUAUUUUGAUAAAAGUUUAUAUGAAGCCGAAGUAGAUGAAAAUGAAGAUAUCCAGCAUACAGUGUUAACAGUGACCGCCAAGGAUCAUGAUGAAUCUUCCCGCAUACGUUAUGAAAUCACCAGCGGUAAUAUUGGCGGUGCAUUUGCUGUGAAGAAUAUGACUGGCGCCAUUUAUGUGGCGGGUGCUUUGGAUUACGAGACUCGCAGGAGGUAUGAAUUACGUUUGGCAGCCUCAGAUAAUCUUAAGGAAAACUAUACCACAGUCAUUAUACAUGUCAAAGAUGUCAACGAUAAUCCCCCGGUAUUCGAAAGACCCACAUAUCGUACACAAAUCACCGAAGAAGAUGAUCGCAAUUUACCCAAACGUGUGCUGCAGGUCACCGCCACCGAUGGUGAUAAGGAUCGUCCUCAAAAUAUUGUCUACUUCUUAACUGGCCAAGGUAUUGACCCAGAUAAUCCAGCCAACAGUAAAUUCGAUAUUAAUCGUACAACUGGAGAAAUAUUUGUAUUAAAGCCCCUUGAUCGUGAUCAACCCAAUGGACGUCCCCAAUGGCGCUUCACUGUUUUCGCUCAGGAUGAAGGCGGUGAAGGCUUGGUGGGUUAUGCUGAUGUUCAAGUCAAUCUGAAGGAUAUCAACGAUAAUGCCCCCAUUUUCCCGCAAGGCGUAUACUUUGGAAAUGUCACCGAAAACGGUACCGCUGGCAUGGUGGUAAUGACCAUGACUGCCGUAGACUAUGAUGAUCCCAAUGAAGGCUCCAAUGCCAAAUUGGUCUAUUCCAUAGAGAAAAAUGUCAUUGAAGAAGAAACUGGCUCACCGAUAUUUGAAAUUGAACCUGAUACUGGUGUUAUCAAGACCGCUGUCUGUUGUUUGGAUCGCGAACGUACCCCUGACUAUUCUAUACAAGUGGUGGCAAUGGACGGCGGGGGGUUAAAGGGCACGGGUACGGCCUCUAUACGUGUCAAAGAUAUUAACGAUAUGCCGCCGCAGUUCACUAAAGAUGAAUGGUUUACCGAGGUGGAUGAGACAGAUGGCACUACGCUGCCCGAAAUGCCUAUACUCACGGUCACAGUACAUGAUGAGGAUGAGACAAACAAAUUCCAAUAUAAGGUCAUAGACAACAGCGGCUAUGGAGCUGAUAAAUUUACCAUGGUGCGCAAUAAUGAUGGCACUGGCUCCUUGAAGAUUGUGCAGCCCCUGGAUUAUGAGGACCAAUUGCAGUCGAAUGGUUUUAGAUUCCGCAUACAAGUCAACGACAAGGGGGAGGAUAACGAUAAUGACAAAUAUCAUGUGGCCUAUUCGUGGGUGGUGGUAAAGCUGAGAGACAUCAAUGACAAUAAGCCUCACUUUGAGAGAGCCAAUGUGGAGGUGUCAGUGUUUGAAGAUACCAAAGUUGGCACUGAACUGGAGAAAUUUAAGGCCACUGACCCAGAUCAGGGAGGACGCAGCAAGGUAUCCUAUUCCAUAGAUCGUUCUUCGGACAGACAGAGACAAUUUGCCAUAAAUCAAAAUGGUUCUGUAACCAUACAACGUUCUUUGGAUCGUGAGGUAGUGCCCAGACACCAAGUUAAGAUAUUGGCCAUUGAUGAUGGUUCACCGCCAAAGACGGCCACAGCUACUCUCACAGUUAUUGUACAGGAUAUCAAUGACAAUGCUCCAAAAUUCUUGAAAGAUUAUCGUCCUGUUUUACCCGAACAUGUGCCUCCGAGAAAAGUUGUCGAAAUAUUGGCUACCGAUGAUGAUGAUCGUUCUAAGAGUAAUGGGCCACCAUUCCAAUUCCGUUUGGAUCCCAGUGCUGAUGAUAUCAUAAGGGCAUCGUUUAAGGUGGAACAGGAUCAAAAGGGUGCCAAUGGUGAUGGUAUGGCUGUCAUUUCGUCUCUACGCUCUUUCGAUCGUGAACAACAAAAGGAAUAUAUGAUACCCAUUGUCAUCAAGGAUCAUGGCUCACCGGCUAUGACAGGCACUAGCACUCUCACCGUGAUCAUAGGUGAUGUUAACGACAAUAAAAUGCAGCCAGGUUCAAAGGAUAUUUUUGCCUACAACUAUCAGGGACAAUCGCCUGAUACUCAGAUUGGUCGUGUCUAUGUCUAUGAUUUGGAUGAUUGGGAUCUGCCCGACAAGAAAUUCUACUGGGAGUCACAGGAACAUCCACGCUUCAAAUUGGACGAGGACUCUGGUAUGAUUACCAUGCGGGCAGGCACCCGUGAAGGACGUUAUCAUUUGCGUUUCAAGGUCUAUGAUCGCAAGCAUACACAGACAGAUGUGCCGGCUAAUGUUACGGUGACCGUAAGAGAAAUACCUCAUGAGGCUGUUAUAAAUUCGGGAUCGGUACGUUUGUCAGGUAUCACCGAUGAGGACUUCAUACGUGUAUGGAAUUAUCGCACACAAUCAUUGAGCCGCUCGAAAAUGGAUCGUUUCCGUGAUAAGUUGGCCGAUUUGCUAAAUACAGAUCGAGAGAAUGUGGAUAUCUUCAGUGUGCAGUUGAAGAAGAAACAUCCCCCUCUAACCGAUGUUAGAUUUUCGGCCCAUGGCUCGCCUUAUUAUAAACCAGUGCGGCUAAAUGGCAUUGUGCUAAUGAAUCGUGAGGAAAUAGAAAAGGAUGUGGGCAUCAACAUAACCAUGGUGGGCAUAGACGAGUGCUUGUAUGAAAAUCAAAUGUGUGAAGGCUCUUGUACCAAUACUUUGGAUAUUAGCUCCUUGCCUUAUAUGGUGAAUGCCAAUAAGACUGCCUUGGUGGGAGUACGAGUGGAUACCUUGGCCGAAUGCACUUGUGGUGCUAGAAACUUUUCCAAGCCAGAGAACUGCCGCAAUACACCCUGUUACAAUGGAGGCCGCUGUGUGGAUACUCGAUUUGGGCCUCAUUGUUCCUGCCCGGUGGGCUAUACAGGACCUCGUUGCCAGCAGACCACCAGAAGUUUCCGUGGCAAUGGCUGGGCUUGGUAUCCUCCCUUGGAAAUGUGCGAUGAAUCUCAUUUGAGCUUGGAAUUUAUUACCCGCAAACCGGAUGGCCUGAUUAUCUACAAUGGACCCAUAGUGCCCCCCGAACGUGAUGAAAUGUUGAUUUCUGAUUUCAUUUCUUUGGAAUUGGAGCGAGGCUAUCCCAGACUUUUGAUAGAUUUUGGCUCUGGCACCUUGGAAUUGCGUGUCAAGACCAAGAAAACUCUGGAUGAUGGUGAAUGGCAUCGCAUAGAUCUCUUCUGGGAUUCGGAAAAUAUACGCAUGGUGGUGGACUUUUGCAAAUCAGCGGAGAUAAGCGAAAUGGAAGAUGGCUCCAUGCCCGAAUUCGAUGAUAUGUCGUGCCAGGCGAGAGGCAAUAUACCACCGUUCAGCGAAUACUUGAAUGUGAAUGCCCCAUUGCAGGUGGGAGGCUUGUAUCGCGAGCAAUUCGAUCCCUCGCUGUAUUUCUGGCAUUACACCCCCAUGGCCAAGGGCUUCGAUGGAUGUAUACGGAAUCUGGUGCACAACUCCAAACUGUAUGACUUGGCCCACCCUGGCCUCUCACGCAACAGUGUGGCAGGCUGUCCUCAAACCGAGGAGGUGUGUGCUCAAUCCGAACAGACUGCACGCUGUUGGGAACAUGGCAAUUGUGUGGGUUCCCUAAGCGAGGCCAGAUGCCAAUGUCGCCCUGGCUGGACAGGACCUGCCUGCAAUAUACCCACCAUUCCCACCACCUUCAAGCAGCAGAGUUAUGUUAAGUAUGCCCUAAGCUUUGAGCCCGAUCGCUUUAGCACCCAAAUCCAGUUACGAUUCCGCACCCGAGAACAACAUGGGGAAUUGUUCCGUGUUAGCGAUCAACACAAUCGCGAGUAUGGCAUUUUGGAAAUCAAGGAUGCCCGUUUGCAUUUCCGUUACAAUUUGAAUUCAUUGCGUACCGAAGAGAAAGACUUAUGGCUGAACGCAGUGGCCGUAGACGAUGGACAAUGGCAUGUGGUGCGCAUAAAUCGUUAUGGCUCUGCGGCCACCCUGGAAUUGGAUGGCGGCGAAGGCAGGCGCUACAAUGAGACCUUUGAAUUUAUGGGCCACCAAUGGCUGCUGGUGGACAAGCAGGAGGGAGUGUAUGCUGGAGGCAAAGCAGAGUACACCGGAGUAAGAACGUUCGAAGUGUAUGCGGACUACCAGAAGAGUUGUUUGGAUGACAUAAGGCUCGAAGGUAAACAUUUGCCAUUGCCACCAGCCAUGAAUGGCACCCAAUGGGGUCAAGCAACGAUGGCGCGUAAUUUGGAGAAGAAUUGCCCCUCAAAUAAACCAUGCUCGAAUGUCAUUUGUCCGGAUCCAUUCGAAUGUGUUGAUUUAUGGAACGAAUACGAAUGCACAUGCGGCGAAGGACGUGUCAUGUCACCGGAUGCCAAAGGUUGUAUGGAUCGCAACGAAUGUCUAGACUUGCCCUGUUUGAAUGGUGCAACGUGUAUAAAUCUUGAGCCACGCAUGCGUUAUCGUUGCAUAUGCCCGGAUGGAUUUUGGGGCGAAAAUUGUGAACUUGUCCAGGAGGGACAGACACUAAAGCUAAGCAUGGGUGCUUUGGCAGCCAUUCUCGUCUGCUUGCUAAUCAUUCUAAUUUUGGUUCUGGUCUUUGUGGUGUAUAAUCGUCGACGUGAGGCGCAUAUUAAAUAUCCCGGCCCAGACGAUGAUGUACGCGAGAACAUAAUUAACUAUGACGAUGAGGGUGGCGGCGAAGAUGAUAUGACUGCAUUCGAUAUAACGCCAUUGCAAAUACCCAUUGGUGGACCAAUGCCACCUGAGUUGGCCACCAUGAAAAUGCCAAUUAUGUAUCCUGUUAUGACUUUAAUGCCCGGCCAAGAGCCCAAUGUCGGUAUGUUCAUUGAAGAACAUAAAAAACGUGCCGAUGGUGAUCCGAACGCACCGCCAUUCGACGAUUUACGCAAUUAUGCCUAUGAAGGUGGCGGCAGUACCGCAGGCUCUUUGAGUUCAUUGGCAUCAGGAACUGAUGAUGAAUGCCAAGAAUACGAUUACUUGGGAGCCUGGGGUCCACGCUUUGACAAAUUGGCCAAUAUGUAUGGACCCGAAGCAAACAAUCACACCGAUCUAGAAUUGUAAGUGAGCAAAAUUGCUACAAACUAUUCCAAAGACCAUAAUCAAGACCAGUUAAAUGAAAAACAAUGACACAUAAACUCAUAUUCAACACCAUGAGCCCACAAAAGCUGGGUGAAGAAAACUCACAAACAAACACAUAACUACCUACCCUCAAUUUAAAAAUCCCCAUCAUGAAACCAGCGAUGGUAGCCAGCGAUGAUAAGAGAAAAAAUCGGCAAAAAUCCAAUUAAAAAAAUUUGAUUUGAUUUGUAAGAACUCAAGCAAAAAUGAAAAACCCUAGGAAAACAAAGAAAAAUCGUAGAAUUCGUAAAAUGCGAAAAAAGCAAAAAUGAACGUUGAGAGGCGUUUGUAAUAUGGACAAAAGAAGAUUGCUAAGCAAACUUUCAUUGGGAAAAAGGCAAAAGAAUAUCCUAAACCCACGAACUUAAGAUGACUCCUAGGAAACGGAUAUUAAUGUAAACCGGAAACUAGCAAAGAUAACCUUUUUUCGUAAGCAAAACUGAAAACAACUACACUACCAAAGAUAUAAGGUCUUAUGAAAGACCAAAAAACAAAAAACCCCUUAACUGAAACAGUGGAUUGAGAGAUUCCUCCCAGAAGAAAGCAAAAAAGAUACAAGCUAAAGAAAAAUUCAACUACAUUUCAACAAAUAGGCGUUUUAAGGCCCAAAACAAAACAAAAUGCAUCUAAAUUAAGGCAAAACAAAGUAGAAAAGAGAAGAAAAAAAUUCAACAACUCCCAAAAGGAAAUGGAAAACAUUUGUAAAAUACUAUUUUCACUCACAUACAAAGUCACACACUCACACCCACAUGCAGUUAUAUAACCAUACAUACAUUUAGGACAUAAUAUCAUACAUGCAUACUACACCCACAUAUACAUACAAACAUUCAUUUUAGUAUUUAGUUUUGGAAACUGAAAGUAAAACGAAAGAAAAAAAAAAUAAAGAAAAACCACAACUCGAUUAUGUUUAGGACGAUUAAAAAAAGAAAUAAUUAUUAUAAUAAACAAACAAAAGUAAAAAUACAAAAGAGAAAAACAAACACAGAGACACUCUCACACAAAAAAGUGUAAAACCAAAGUAUAUACUUUAUAAGUAAUAAAAUCGAUAUUAAAUUAAAUAAUAAUAAUAAUAAAGUACGUAAAUUUUAAGUAAGAUUUUUUGUACAUUUUUUUAUGUUUAGUAAACAUAUACACACUUAUAUAUACACACACACACAAACAGUAAUAAAUUAUUUAUGUUUUAUUUUGUGCAUAAGUUUAAAGUAUGUUUUUUUUAUUUCAUUUAAGCCAUGUCAUCCAUAAAAUUUUUGUUUUCAUCAUAGACAUUAUUUUUCUAUAAUUUCUUUUUUUUACAUAAGUUUUAUAAUUUAAGCAUUUUACAUGUAAUUGACAAUAUGUGUUCCUUCCCCAAACCCCCGAUUUAAGUUAAUACACUUAAACCAAACAAACUACAAUAAAUGCAACGAUUUAAAAAAAAACUAUUGUUUUUAUUUAUUAUUUUUAACUUUGUUUUACAUACUUGCUAAAGUUAUAUAAAG